UUAGAAAGAAACGCAUUACUACUUUGAAGCCUCUCACUCGGCUCGUUUUAUUAACUAGUGCGCGGUCCAGUUUAAUAUACAAGUUCGUGGGCAAAGAAGAGAUGCCAACGCCAUCUAUUAUUUAACGACGUCGCUAUUCCUGGACGUCCAAAGCAAAAUGUGUACGUAGUGAUUAGACCGUGGUCCACCAUUAUCGUUGUAUGGAUGUGUCAUCACGCAAAUUCUCUAUAAUCGUAAAAAAUGCCUCGAUGUUCUGUUUUGGAGUGCAGAAAUAAUAGCGGCAUCAAAAAUAUUACUCGUGGUGGAAUUACAUAUCAUCGAUUCCCACAAGAUCCUUUUCGAAAAGAAAAAUGGAUAGAAGCUACUGGACGACAAAAUUGGAUGCCGACAAAAUUAAGUACGAUUUGUUCGAAUCAUUUCAAUGAGAACGAUUUUGUCAUUUCAACAAAAGGGUUUAAAUAUAUAAAUAACACUGCAAUCCCUACUCAAAAAAUUGUUAUUUUAAUGAAUAUAAAUCCGGAUGAUGAAGUGGGCUCAAGCGGUUUAAAAAAAAGGGGGGACCAUUUCAUAAAUAAAGAUGAUGGUAUGUGCGAACCUUGUGUAAAAGUUUGCAAGGGCAAUAUAGAUUUAUUAGGUAAAGAAGUCACUGUUCCAAAACCCAUACCUGUCACGUCAGGAACUUGCGAUGCAAAUAAUUUUGGUGCUUUGACUGGUACCGUUACAACAGAAAAGAACCUCAAAAUGGACAGCAAUGCAGCAACUGUGCAUCAAAACAUUGUUGAAGAAACUGAAUCCGAAAUUGUAAAUAUAUUGCACAAAAAUGAAGGUCAGUUACCUGUAUCUACCUGCUCAACUCCAAAGAAAAGAAUACUGAGUAAUAAGUUACGAUGGACUGAAAAUAAAGUUAAAAAACAAAAUGCAAAAAUCAAACAGUUGCAAGCCCAAAAUCGUAGACUAAGAAAAAAAUUAGUUAAUGCGGAAGAAAUUUUAAAAACGUUGCAAAAAAUGUUUGGUAUGACGAGUGAAAACAUUAGAAGCUUAAAAAAUAUUAGUGUGCAGGUUCAAGAACUAGCGGCGCGUCAAGUUGUUAAUGCAGAAGCCAAUGUCAAACCAAGAUAAAAUACUCACCAGCUCACAGAUCUUUUGCCUUAAUAUUACACUAUUACUGGCCUAAGGCUUUUGAUUAUUCUUCUUUUGAAUAUCCAAGAACAUUAAAAAAAUGAUAUGCCAAAAUUGCUGAAUAACCCGGCUUUACAAAGGAACCCUUUACACCUUUGAGAAGCAAGGAGAAGCAGUAAUUAACGAAAUGAGUAUACAAUGCCGCAUUGAAUGAGCUGGAUAAAAAUUUCAUGACCACUUGACUGAGGCGAAGAAGGCGUUGGUGUUUUUGAUUACUGUUAUCAAUAGUAAUUUUAAAGUACCUGUCGGUUUUUUCCUGGUGGAAGGUGUCACGGGCAUACAAAAGUUGAAUUAGUAAAACACUGUAGUCUAGAAAUGGUUCACAGCGCACGAGUAAAGGUUGUGGCUUCAACUUUUGAUGGCUGUGCUGCUAACACGUCAAUGGCUGACCAUUUUGUUGGUUGGUUGCUACUUUCAAGACUUCAAGGUGACAUUUUAACAUCCAGUGACUCAUGAACCUAUAGUUGCAGCGCUGGAUUCUUGUCAAAUGAUAAAAUUAAUCAGACAUUUUUUUGAAAAGCAGGAUCGAAAAAGAAACAUUUGAGAUAUUAA